AUGUUGAAAGGCAGUUGCUUUUACGUGGUUUGUUGUGUCGUUUCGUCCGUCAACGCGAGUGGUCCUCGAGCGUUGGAGGGUUUUGCAGGUCAAGAGGCAAGGGGGGCUAAGUUGCUGGAUUUCCACCACGGAGACCAGCAAGAAGAACAGGUAGUCGGCGGUGGGAUGACUAGCAAAUACAGGGCUCUUCCGGGGUACUUCAGUGGGUUUGUGUCUGCGUCAGAGCCGGGGAGGAAUGGUCUUGAUGGAUCCAACAACGAACACUUGCAAUUCCUCCACGCGCAGUCGUGGAACGAGUUGUACGGUAGCAUUCCAGACGAUGCGAAACUGGUUAUUCUUGGUCGCCACGGGCAGGGGUACCACAAUGCUGCAGAGCAGAGUUACGGUACGCCUGCGUGGGACUCGUACUGGUCGCAUCUCGACGGGGAUGGCAACAUCACAUGGCUGGAUGCGCGGCUCACGCCGCAGGGUGUGGAGGAGCAGAUCGAUGCUGCUCGCACCUGGCUGGUGCCCAUGGUGAAUGAGAUUGGUGUGCCACAGCGCUUCUACACGUCGCCAAUGCGCCGCUGCUUGGAGACCUACAUCAAGUCGUGGGGCCAGGUGUACGACCACUUGCCCGUCGUGGGCUCGCCCAAUGUGCCCGUCCACGUGUGCGAGAACCUGCGUGAGACGUUGGGAGUGCACACCUGCGACCGGCGGCUGAACCACAGCGAGGUGCUGUGCGCCUACCAGCACCAGGCCCUGGGCCAUGCUGCAGUGGUCGACCUGCAGUACGAGGUCUGUUACCCGGAGGAGGAUGCGCUGUGGUCGCCUGCUCAUCGGGAGACCAGAGCUGAGAUAGACCACCGUUUGGCCAGCGCCUUGGAUGCUAUAUUCGAACGCCCCGAACGCUAUGUCUCCAUCACGUCCCAUUCCGGCGCCAUUGCAGCAGCGCUCAGAGCAAUGGGGCACCCGCCUGUGUUGCAUCUGCCAACCAGCGGCUUUGUGUUUGCUGUGGUAGGCCCUGUCGCGCCAGCGGCAGCUGAUGCACCAGACGCAUGA